UGGAGCAUGCGUUCUAAAUCUGCACGCAUGCAGGGCCAGAUUUAGAAACGAAGAUCCCUGUGGGUUGCGCCAGAGUGCUGCGCCUGCUUGAUUUCAGCGCAGGACACGCGACUGCACGCUUCCGCUCUCUCUCUCUCUCUCUCUCUCUCUCUCUCUCUCUCUCUCUUCCACCUACUAGUUAGGACGAUUGUGGAUGGUGAUUGACAGACUAACGCGGAGCGCAUCAGAGUCAGUGGGCAGUGUGUGUGGUCUUUAUCACUCUUUGUUAUCUGUGGUCUUGAUCGACACAGCAACUCGUUCACAACAUCCUUCACAAAGACAGAAGGUCCGGUCUUGAAGACAACGAUGAUGAUGAUGGCGAGAAGAUGGCUAGCAGCCAUGGUGGCUUCACUGCUCGUAGUCCCAUGUUAUCUGUGAUCUUCGUCAACAUGAGAACAAGCUGGCAACAUCAUUCACAACGGAAGGAGGUUGGACUCAGAAGGCAAGGAUGACGAUGGUGACGUGAAGAUGGCUAGCAGCCAUGGCGGCUCCACUGUUGGUAGUCCCAUGAUUGCCUUGAAGUUCUGUCGGUACGUGUCAUCGUAUGUGGAGCAGCCAUCAUUGCUGUCCUCAAGACGAAGGCUUAGCUCUUUUAUCUGCAACCCAAUCCCGAUCGUAGUGCUGAUGCUACUCACAGCGGCGGUCGUCCCACCCGUGCGAACACACCCUUCCUUGGCCACCACCUCCCCCCCUUCCUUUCACCACCGUGUGGACAAUCACUCGACGAGCCUAAUGGCCACUCCCUUCCCCGCUUCUCCCACGACUAUCGACCAUUUGUUGAGGACGAUGCCAAUGACCAGUAUUGCAAACACCAUGCCCCGCAGGACUGUCGAGUACUCCUUGACGACAACAAUGACUAGCCGAACAACCCCCCCCACCCCCACCACCACCUCCUUCUGCUCCUCCUCCUCCUCCUCCAACUCCUCCAACUCCAACUCCUUCUCCAACUCCUCCUCCAACUCCUCCAACUCCAACUCCUUCUCCAACUCCUCCAACUCCUCCUAUUUCCUGCCAGACAUCAACAGCGAAAGAGAGCAAGGUGGGAACUCGGGAAGGGACAUGUCGCCUACGGUCAUGUCACCUAGAUCCGGACUCCUCAAAGCAACUCCGCUGGUGGCCAGCUCAUCUCAUGAAAGCAUGUCCUGGUCAAGAUCAGGAUAUGCCAGACGGACAGGCAGUUUGGCGACCUCCAUACCUCCGGCUCGGGGGGGUCCCAAGGGAAGCGCCGGGUUCCAUAUCAGAGGCAGCGCACUGCAGAGCACCAGUCCCAACAGCCACGGGCCUCUCAUCAGCGGACCCACAUCGUCCGGAAGAGAGGCUCCAGCAGCCAACAGGUGCAGCAGUCAAUCGCCAACUGCCGCAGAGCGCAGGCUUCUGCAAGAGGGAGAAGGCGCCUCAUUACCCUCAGACUCUGCCAACGGGACUGAUAACACGACACCUAGUUCAAGAUCCCCGCCGGAUGACCCAACCACAGUGUCAAAAUUGCCUCCCGAAGAGACACAGGUCACUCCUCCCGGGGUCCGUGAAUCCACGCCAACGACCAGCCAGAGCAACGGGCUGCCCCCAGAUGGUGGCUCUCCUGCAUCCUCCCCACGAACCCCCCCUCUCCCUGCCCCUCCUCCUCCCGAGGCCCCUAAGUCACUGGCUCCCUUUGCUAUCUACCCUCCUGACCCCCCUACGGCUCCUACUAAUUGGUCCUCCGCAGGACCUGCGGCCGAGCCCAACGUCACUCAAGGGCCAGCCGCCCCUCCCCCUCCAGUUCCCUCCGCCUUGCACCACGGGCCGAAGAAGACCCCGCCCCUCAUCGAGGACAACGAGAAAGUCGGUCUUGAAAGCGACUGGUCAAACGUGUUCUUCAUCAUCUACCUUGUGUUCCUUGGGGGCAUGGGCAUGGUGCUUUGCCCCCUCACUCUAUUCUACUGGUGGCGCGUAAAGAUCACUUGCGAUCGAGUGCGUGCAACCAGCAACAAGCUACUCUUUGUGGCCAUGAAAACCAUUGAUGAUGACAUGUAUGGGUCAGAUCCUCACAACCCGACAGACACUCGAUCACAACCGCAGACUACUGCAACUAACCGUAACGGUGCUCAGGCACACUCACCAGGAGGAGGAGGAGGAGGUAAAGGAGGAGCAGACAUUGAGGCAACGGUUCCUGGGGAAGGGAAGAAGGUUGUGGGAGAAGGGGAGGGAAAUUCUGAACAGGGUAAGAUGGAUGCCGGGACGUCGAAAAGUGAGGCUGCUUUGGGAAGGAGUGAAGAAUCAUCACCCUCUCAGGGACGUGAUCAACAUGGUAGAAGUACACAGGGUGAGCAAACACCUGCCAUCAGGAGGGAUGCAGGCGCAAGUUCAUCAGCAGGCAUGCGGACUCGGGAGAGUGGAGGGGGGAUGGAGACCACAGAAAAAUCUGCGAUGAGCAUCAGAGUCGGUUUUGCAGUGCGGGAAGGGGAUGAGAUCAAGAAGUCGGUGUUUGUCAUUCCUGGACGUGAUGAGCCUCCACCUGUCGAGGUCACCAUGCACGACCUUGCACUCUUUUCGUUUUUCCAUCCGGUCUUCGUGUUCAUUGUGUUGAGCCUUCUGGUGAUUGCAGGAUUUGCAGUUGUCCUUUGCCUUAUUGCCCUGAUGGGCCUCUCUGUGGCUUGCUGGGCUGCAAGCUGCUCUUACAACAAGGGUGCAACGAUGGGUGUCUGGAUCUGUGUGACCCUCUUGGUCCCCAUCUAUGGUGUGCCAUCUUUCCUUCUCACUUGGCACCUGAGGAUGUUAUGGACAUUUUGGCAAGCCGGUCGAAGCUACCUCAAGAUUGGUUUAUUCUCGUAGUCUCGUCUUAUAAGCUAAAUCUUGUAUUCGUCUACACCACCGCGAAUAAGGUCGACGUGUCAUCUUACUGUGUAUUGCUCCUGGAGGAUCUCUGCAAAUGUGACCGUUGGUGCGAUGUUCAUUGUUCUUUUAUAAAAUGCAGACCGUUGGUGCGAUGUUCAUUGUUCUUUUAUAAAAUUGUGUCAUGACUCAUGAGCGUAAUUGAUGCAGCUCUGCAAUCGUUGCAUGGCAUGUUUGGAGUAUGUACCAAUGGGCUUCG